UUCUUAUCAAAUCAGUCCUGCUCAACACACAUAUGUGGCGUUUUGAGGUCGUUAUCACCGGGGCAGGCGAUGCCACUCUGCUUCCUCAUAUUACGACGACAUGCCUACAAACGCUGAUACGAGUAAGGAACAGGGUCGUCAUGGCUGUCUUUCGAAAAUGUUGCCAUUAUCGCAGUCAUGGUAUUAUUGGGCAAUGGUAGCACUUCUUUUAGCACAGGUAGUUUUGUCUAUCAAUUAUCAUAUACUGGUCUGCAAUAUGCCGAUUGCUAAUACUUUAUUAUUACUGGUAAUUAUGGCGCAUCAUGGAUAUGCUCUAGGUGAUCAGGCUCGUCCGCUAUUCCACCGAAUAUGCGGUUGUGUCGCUUUUAUUGCUGUAUUGUUUGUAAACACUACUCACGCACUCGAACUUCUUACUGAUUAUCACGACGAUCACUCCCAUGCACAUGGAGAAGACGAACACCACGAUGAACACCACUCAGAAGAUUAUGGUUUUGCGUUUGUGCCAAAACAAUACGUCAUCGUGAGUAUUUUCGACGUUGCUUUGAAAUGUCUAGUUUUGGCUCUGGGUCAUAUCCCAUCAAUGGGCCUUCAUCCUAUUCCACGUCUAAUCUUGCACACGUUGAGCCCCACUAUAGUAAUCGGUAUGUACGUAGCUGGUCUUGCCAUACCUCCUUGGCUUGGAGAAUCUUGGAUUUGGAAACAUGUGGAUCCAAUGGUCGCAGUUGCAACAACGAUCCUAUUUUUCCUGCUCAUCAUUCCUGCAUUCAGAGAGAUGAUGCCUUACAUAUUCGCAGACACGCCAGCAAAGUUUCAUGUCGAAUCGUUCCAGGAUGAGAUCUCGAAUAAGUUUCCCGAUGUCACGUGCACUCACAUCCACGCAUAUAGACUGUGGCCUGGAAAUCAGUUUGAAGCCCUCAUUCACUUGAGUUUUUUGGUGGAUAAAUCGAAAUCUGGAUGGUCAGACGAAGCAGCCACACGUUAUGCAGAGGUUAGUCAGAACGUCACAAGCGUGCUGACGAGAGCGGGAGCGCAAAAGGUGGUUGUUGAACCGUCAUUUCUCGACGCGACUGAAAUUGGUCGUCCGUGGGUAGGUUGUAUUGGUGCGACAUGUUUCCGACAAGACCGGGGAUGUUGCAAAAUACAGGAUAAUCGGGCUGCCGUUUAGUGGGGCUAUUUGUACAUCGCUCAUUCUCACAUAUCAGAACAUUGAACUAACUUCAGUUCAUAUCGUAGUGCACUCAAUGCGUGAUAUGUUCAUCGGUUUGCUGCAGUCAAUCCAAAUACGGGUGAUGAUCUAUAUCCUUGUACCUCGUUGCAAUAUUAACAGGCCCACAUAUGCUUAUAUUUGUUCUUGUUAGGACUCGAGAAUUGUAUAUGCCUGUAGAAGAUCCGCUUGAGAAACAGUAUCGAUUGUGAAGCAGAUGCAGUCGAGCAGUCUCAAUAAAAAUGCAGCAAUUGUACUCCUCAGGCAUCUUUUUUCAGCUGUAAGGCGCUUUCGCUUUUGCUUUUUUGAAGUC